AUGUUCGACCCUCAACCCUCCAUUCUCACGGUUGACGGCAAACCGGACAUUUCCGCAUGUAAGGAAUCCUCCUCUCCCUCGCUUCGCCUCGAGACCACCCGUCGCAGCUUUGCUCCCAAUGCAUCCCUCGUCUUGAUCGGUAUCCGUGGAUGCGGCAAGCGCUCGCUAGGCUUCGUCGCCGCGACCGCGCUGAAGCGACGCUUUAUUACCGAAGACCACUAUUUCCGGGAAGUCACGGGCAUCACACGACAAGAAUAUCUCAAGCGGUAUGGCAGUCAAGAGUUCCAGCGCCGGGACAUCGAAGUCCUGAAGUCGAUGCUAGAUAACCAUCGCACGGGCUGCGUUAUGGAAUGUGGACUGGCUAGUUUGACGCGACCGGUGCAGGAUCAUCUGCGUCGCUAUGCCCGGUCUAACCCGGUGGUUCAUCUGCUGCGCGACAUCGAUUGUAUUCAACAAUUGCUCGGGUUGGAGGACCAGGCGGUGCGAUUAUUCCGGGAGGGCGACCCGAUGCAUCGGAUGUGUUCAAAUUUCGAAUUCUAUAAUCUUGAAGAUCGGACGCGUGCAUCGGACGAUGGGAGCCCGGAUCGCCGGUCGGCGGAUUAUUCUUUCAAGCUACAAGAGGUAAAGGAGGAUUUUACACGGUUUGUGCAGUUCAUCACCGGACUGGAUGUGAAUUAUUCGAGCUAUGACUCGCCAUUCGUUCUGCUGGAAACGCCGCCAGAACUGCGCUCCUUUACGCAUGCGAUCUUUGUGCGAUCUUCAGAUUUGAUCGCUGACAAUGUUAACCUGACUGAGCUGGAGUUUGGUGGAGAUGCCAUCGAGUUGUGUGUCGAUCGCUGGGGCCCAGACAUGGCGGCCACUGUCAGCAAACAGGUCUCUGUCCUGCGUCGAAAUGCGCGGACGCCUGUAAUUUUCUCCAUUGACACUUCCUCCACCGGCAUCGGCUCCCUCGAACCGACCACUUCUUCUUCUUCUUCUUCUUCUUCUUCACCUUACUUUGAUAUUAUCGGGCACGGUCUACGUCUUGGUGUGGAAUACCUUGUUUUGGACCUGAAUCAAGAUCGAUCCCGGCUGGCUGGGAUCAUCAGAGGUCGUGGGAAUACCAAGAUCAUCGGCCAGCGGGUCUUUGAACCGUCUUGUCCCAUCACAUGGGACAGUGCGGGCUGCUUUGCCAUCUACGAUGAAGCUGAAAAGCUCGGCUGUCAGCUCGUCCGCCUCCUCCGAGUCGCCACAAAGCGCGAGGACAAUGCGGCUGUGAUUGAGUUUUGCAAUAAAAUCAAGUCCCUCCCGGGGGAUCAUCCCCCACUCAUUGCCUAUAACAUAGGCGCGCUGGGCCGCACCUCGCAAGUGUUCAACUCGAUUCUCACUGCAGUAACACAUCCGGCGAUCACCCAGUCUGCAGAGAAUAAGUCCGACCCGCAAAUAACCUCUCGCGACGCUGUUCGCGCACUUUUCCAAAGUUAUGUGCUCGAUCCGCUCAAGUUCUACAUCUACGGGGAGAACGUCGCCUACAGUCUAUCUCCGGCCAUGCAUAAUGCCGCACACGCACACUGCGGCAUGGGCCACACCUAUAGUAUCCCAGACUCGCCCUCUCUCGCAGUCUUAGACCGACUGGGCCGAGAUCCGCAUUUCGGGGGGUCCAGCGUCGUGCAGCCAUGGCGUGUACAGGUAUACCAAAAGCUUGCUUCGAAAAGCCGACACGCAGAAGCCAUCGGAGCAAUCAAUACAAUCAUGCCGCUCCGUGGGCACGCAGAUGGAACGAUUUUCCCACUUCAAGAACAGGCCAGCCGACGUAACCAAGCUGGACGGGUGCUGGGCUGGUAUGGCGAGAACACCGACUGGGUCGGGAUAAUGACAUGUAUCAGGCGACAUCUCUCGCCGCGCAAUGCGAUUAGCGCAAAAACAACAGGUCUAGUCAUUGGUGCAGGCGGUAUGGCGCGGGCCGCCAUCUACGCCAUGCUCCGACUUGGGUGUCGGAAGAUCUUCAUCUACAACCGCACGCAGUCGCGUGCCGAGGAAGUCGCGCGCCAUUUCAAUUCCUGGGCCUCGUCGCAGGUGGGCUCGGUCGAGGUAGUUUGUGUCCUGCAAUCGCUCCAGCAAGACUGGCCCGCAGACGCUGCUCAGCCUAGUCUCGUUGCCUCUUGUGUGCCGGCUGAUCCAGACCGAGAUGAACCACCGGCGAACUUUGAGAUGCCGGAGCAGUGGCUUGGGAGUCCUACGGGGGGGUGUGGUACUCGAGGUGAGCUUUUCCCUUCCUGGAAUAUGUGUACUUCUUUUUUGGCCUAUAAACCCCUCGAUACACCCCUCCUACGCCAAAUGCGCCGAGUCCGGAGCGAGACUGGACAGCCUUGGGUCUUGUCUGACGGAUUGGAGAACGUAACGGAACAGGGCAUUGCUCAGUUCGAGUUGAUGACAGGUCGCAAAGCACCUCGGCGGCUUAUGACCUAUGAGGUUCUACGCAAUUAUGUGGGUGACGGUGGGCGUUUUGAUGAGAAAACCAUCCAGGCUCGUCUGGAUGGUAUUGUAUCUCCGACUCGAGAAAACAAAUAG